AUGACCCGACCUGAGAGGACCAACGCGUUUCAGGCCCAGUGCGUCAGGGCUCUUAUGGAUGCGCUUAAUGUUACCAAUAUGGAUCUUAUGAGGAUAAGUUACGAUGGUUUCGUGGCCUACGGCAUGGCGGCACAGUUCAAGGAACGCGUGGGGCGAGUGGUGAUGGGAUGCGCAGGAGUGUGCUUGGGGAAGAAGGACACAGAGAAAGGGUUGUUUCAGCUGAGUGUGGAUGAUGCCAUUAAUAUUUUAAUGCCUCAGAAUCCCGAGAAAGUGAAAGAGUUGGUGGGACCGCCGUUCCACAAACCUCCACCGACCUGCCCGAAUUGUUUCCUAAAUGAUUUUAUUAAGGGCAAUUGCUUGCUUUAUAAGUAUGUGAUUGGCCAGAAGAAGAAGAAGAAAUAA